ACAGCCGAUCUGGGGUCAGUUUGGACUCAGGUCACACCAUGGAGCACAUGUCCUCUCCGGUCAGAUUCCGCAGCAGUAAAAAAGAAGCUACAGCUUUUUCAGAAAAGCAGUUGUCCAGUCUGUCCAUCGAAGACCAGGCAGACAUACAGUUCCCCUACGCCAUGAGGGAUCUACCUCCUGUGUCCCAUUCAGAUGAACAGUCACAGAAUCAAGACCGCUUGGAUGCAGAAGAACCUCCGACUGCAGCCAACGGGAGGCUGCCCGGUUAUCCAGGAACGCCCCCUCCAUCCCGUCCUGUUCGCCCUGCCGGUUCUCCCACCGUCCCGCCCCGGCCCAGUCACGCAGGACGGGACUUGUCCCAGAUUCUACCGUUGAAGAGGCAGCUUGUCUCUCAGGUUUCUCUGGACUCUCCUCUGAGCCCAGCCUCGCGGCCGCGCAGCCCCUGGGGACAUUUUGACCCUUACGACUCUCCAGAGGAUCAGGACAAAGAGUACGUGGGUUUUGCUACGUUGCCCAACCAGGUUCACAGAAAGACGGUGAAGAAAGGAUUCACCUUUACGCUAAUGGUGGCAGGAGAGACUGGACUCGGCAAAUCCACACUAAUAAACAGUUUAUUCCUCACUGACCUCUACAGAGACAGAAAAGUCCCCAACGCUGAGGAGCGGAUCAGUCAAACGGUCGACAUCAUCAAGCACACCAUCGGCAUCGAGGAGAAAGGAGUCAAACUGAGGCUCUCCAUCAUUGACACGCCAGGCUUCGGAGAUGCUGUCAACAACACAGCGAGCUGGAAGCACGUGGAAGACUACAUUGACCAGCAGUUUGAGCAGUAUUUCAGAGAUGAGAGCGGGCUGAACAGGAAGAACAUUCAGGACAACAGAGUCCACUGCCUGCUCUACUUCAUCUCUCCAUUUGGCCACGGUUUAAGGCCCAUCGACGUGGAGUGCAUGAAGGCUUUGCAUGAAAAAGUCAACAUUAUUCCUCUACUGGCCAAAGCCGAUAGCCUGACACAAGCAGAAGUCUACAGCAAGAAAUUAAAGAUGAGAGAUGAGAUCAAGCAGUUUGGGAUCAACAUCUACCAGUUUCCAGAGUGCGACUCGGAUGAAGACGAAGACUUCAAGAGACAGGAACAGAUCCUCAAGGACAGCAUACCGUUUGCUGUAAUCGGGAGCAACAUACAGGUGGACAGCAAAGGCAGAAAGUUCAGGGGUCGCUCUUAUCCGUGGGGUGUGGUGGAAGUUGAGAACCCGACCCACUCAGACUUCCUGAUGCUGAGGAACAUGCUGGUGAGGACGCACAUGCAGGACCUGAAGGACGUGACGCGGGAGAUCCACUACGAAAACUACCGGGCGCAGUGCAUCCAGAACAUGACCCGCAUGAUGGUGCAGGAGAGGAAACGCAGUUUACGGGAGAAGCAUCGCGAAGGGAGCGAGGUGGACUUUCCUCUUCCACUCGCAGCAGUUGACACCGAGAUGGAGAGACAGAUUUUCGAGAAAGAUGAAGAAUUGAGAAAGAUGCAGGAGGUGCUGGAGAGGAUUCAGGAGCAGAUGCAGCAGAGCCAGACAGGCACCUGCUGAGCAAACAGAGACUAAAUCUUCUGCAAACCACCAACAAAUUCAAGUGAGAGCUUUCAAAAAAAUGGACCAAAAAUGUUUCAGUGGAUCUUCACAGGGAAGGAACAACAACUGUCAGUGAGGCACGGUACUUUCUGCUUCACCAUGCGCAUUUUCGCUGCGCAUUCAUGGCCAAACAUAAAGACGAAAUAUGCCACAUAUGCCACACACAUUCAUUAUACAUAUCAAACAGACCGUAGAACACCAAUGUAUGUGGAAAAAUAUUUAUUUAAAUAAGUACAUUGACGAUACAAAGACAGAUACUUGUGUGGUACAACGCCCGCAGAGGUGAGGUUAAGUACUGCACCGCAAUACCCUGUCUUCUUUCAUGUAUUUAAAAAAGAAAUGGUUAAAUCCAGCGAUUUUCACCAUAAAAAUGUUGAAAUUACCAAUAAAAAACAUUAUAUAGAGAAUUCAAGAGCACAAAUUGAUUGUGCUGAUUGAUCUUCAUUGUUAGCACCUAUUUUACUUCUCAUGUCCUUAUUUAUACUUGUCAGGAUUACAGUGAGGAACCGCCACCCCUGACCGCACGUCACUGUUUACUCCAUUUGUAUUUGCUCUGGGGAAAAUUAAUGCUCCGACUCAUUAUUUGGUGCAAAACUGAUGCAGCAUGAUGCAAUGACCCAGAGGUAAACCGAUUUGCAGAGAGCUGUACUACAACUCAAGUUCAACAUAGUUUUAGGUUUUGCUCUUCAACAAAACCUAAAACUCCUCUGAGAGACAACAGGUAGAACAACAGUGAUGAUGGUUUCUCCUGGUUUUACUCUUUAGGGUUUCAUGCAAAAUACACAGAUGAUGUGGAUUAAUUUAAAAAUAUAAAUAUAGUUGCAGGAAAAUGUGGCUUCAGUUACGAAAGGAAGAGCCAUCUUGCAAACAAGUGAAAACAAACAUCCAUUUGAUUGCCAUGGCGAUCAAAUGGAGACGCAUUUGUCAUAAAGAGUUAAACACGGUCGGCUAAGCUGUUAAUUUGUUUUGUUGUACAGCUUUGUCAUGUUGGUUUCUUCUUCUCCUGCUUUAUUUUUGUACUGUCAUUAUGUUCCUGAACUUCUUCUUUAGCGUUAUCCACCAUUUGUGGUCAGUGUGACGUUGCGAUUUAAAAAUUUUUUAUUACAUUGUUUUAUGUCAGUUUUUUAUGUUAAUGUUUGUUUUGUAAGGUCAGAAAAACAAUA